CUGAACUAAAAUGAAUAAAGUUUGUUUGGCCUAAAAUUAACUGGUAUAAUUCAAUUUCCUAAUAACUUUAUUAAAAAACAAACAAAUGCACUGAUAACAAGAACGCCAAGUCGAACCGAAGCACAAAAGAAAUAAGGAUUCCAUCAGAACCAUGUUCACCGUUUAACUGAAGAAUCCUGGCAGACCGCAGGACUUUGUUGGCGUUGCGAGCUCCAUGACAUUCAGCUGGCGAAUGAAUAAUGUUGGCCAUUUACGUUGCAUUAUGACAACAUAUGACGAAAAUCAGAGCAGAGUAUGAAACGCAGAUGGAGAUAUCAUUGAAACAAGUUUUUGUCAUUUAGCCGCACUUCAUCACUUUUCCCCCCUUUCGUCCGUGUGUGCGACAAUCGUUUGUUGUUGUCGUGUUUGACAUUCAACUGAGUUUAGUUGUCGUCGUGGGUCCUGCCGAACCAGAUAGUUUAUUCUUUUGAGUUAUGCCAGGCGAUUAAAAUAAUCGAGCAUUAAAUAUGUUGUUUAUGGAAAGUUAUUUGUGCUAUUGUUCAGUUCGCUUGGGCGUUAUGUUGGUCGCCGCUUUAAGCAUUAUCAUGAAUAUUACAUUGAGCGUUAUAUUCUUUAUACAUGGAGUGAAUAUAUUCGAUGGCCUCAUCGAUUUGUUGGAGAAUGACUCACAGUACAAGAACAGCAAUUCGGUGCGAAAAGCUAUUCAUUGGGUACAUCAUUCACCCGACAAUGUUUUAGUUUUCUUGCAGUGCAUGUGCUACGCCCACAUAGCCACAGCUCUUUUGGGUAUCUACGGUGCUAUAAGGCUGCAUAAAUGGAUGGUUAUUCCCUUGGCUUUAUUUGAGUUCAUCUACUUUCUGGGAAUCACUAUUGGACACAUUGUGCUAAUGAUUAUGCUCAAGAAGCAGAUCAAUUUGGGACUGCUGAUUGUGCUCACUCUGGUUGGCAGCUUCUAUUGUCUUUUUGCUGGUUAUAACUGCGUUACUUGCAUUGCCAUGUUCCAAAUCAUAAAACUGGUUAGAAGCGCCAAAUAUCGUCAACUCUAUGGCGAAGACCCCUUUCAUCCGAUUCCCCUAAAGCGUUCGCAUGGCAGCAAUGGAAGCAUCCAACAGCUUCGCAUGGGACUGCCCGAGGAUACGGAUAUCGAUGAGCAGAAGCGUUUGGCUAAAUUGGGCCUCUGGCCAAGUCGUCAGCCUCAGGUUAUUUCCGUGAUUCCUGUGCAGACGCCAGCCAUCGGGUUGAAAUGGUGGCAACAGCAGGCUCUUGAUAGGGAUGAUCAGCUUCAGGACUCAGCUGUCCUCCGCAAUUGGCAACAUGGUGAAUUGCUGAAAGGAGCUGCUGGCAAUGCUGAGCGCAAAAAUGCUCUAAAUCGGCGAUAUGCUGAGGCCCAACACUAUCGAUGGAAUUAG